UGUCAGUUGUUCUCAAUUAAUGUCUUGAUUUGAUCGCUAUCCACUUCAACUAGCCUACCAACGGUGGGGCAUCUUCCAGCGAGAAAUUUCCAGCCCAAAACUUUGCAAACUAUUUUGAAACAUUUGAUUAGUCAUGGCACCUUCUCCAUAUGCUGCACAAAUUUUUUUCUUUGCGUUUCAAUUACAUUUUUACUUUUCUUGAAAUUAUAAAGCAUAAUAUGCCAAAAAUGUUGCAUAUUUUCUUCCAUCUUCAAUGUUAGAAUGGCUACACAAAAAUUCACCAGUUUUGAUGUUUUUUUUCAAUGCACACUGAUAUGAGAGCUGUCACAAUACAAUUUAACAAAAUUGUUUCAAAUGAAAUUAAGGACAAGUAAGUGCUACUAGAACCAUCCUACGGGGAAAAACUAAAUGAACUUUUUGGCCAACCCAAUAUUGGUAUCUCCCGCAGGUAUGUAGGCAAGAGGAAUGAGAUGAGCUAAGGCCACGUCAUCUUAAAUAAGUUAGUCAGUCUUCUCUUUAGAAGAUGCAAUCAAAAACUCAUGGGCAGGUGUAUGGAAAUGAUUGUUUCAAACGGAAGGUGGAUUGCAUUGUCAUAGUUCAAAUGUGUUUGGUCAGAUACUAAGUAGUUCACACUCACUACAAUCCUAUGCCCUAGGUAGGAUGUCCUCUUUGUGGAGAAAACAAGGUCCAAAGUUUAAAUAACUGCCAAAGGUCACAUAACUCAUAUCUGUGCUGGAAUUGGAAGUUGGGUCUAUCUGAUGAAGGCCAGUGAGCUGUGUCCACGGCACCAAAGAUCAGUAAUGAAGUGUCUUUCCCAGAGCAGCGCUGUUGUCAGAAAAACGGCUUAAACACUCUUUCUUUCUUGAUUUUGGAAACCACAAUCUGUUGAAAAUUUAGUCUUUUUUCUUGAGAUAAGCCACACAGUUCUUUCACUUACCUGUGUUGCUGUUUUUCUAUUCGGCCCACACACUAUCUCCUUAUGAAAUAAUGGGGGCUCUAGGCCUUGAACAAGAAAACCGUGAGCGUGCUUGCACGUUCUUGUAAUUCAGGAUAUUUACCUGAAGUUCCCAAGGCCCAGAAGAAUCUGGUGGUUUCAGAUCUGGACUAGUAUGAUGCUGAGGGAACUUUCAGAGAGGCGGAGGGAGUGGAGAGGCAAGGACAGUCCCCACCUUUGAAGAGACAGGUUUUGAUAACACAUCGCUUCCCUUCGUAUCAACCUUGUCCUCCAGAAUUUAUGUGGCUCCUUUCCUCUGACUCAUCUGGUCAACAGAAGAGUAAACAAUAGAGAUCAGCAAAUGCCUGGCGAUUUUUAAUUAUUUUGUCAACUUGUGAGUAGGCGUGAGCCAGAAGUUGUGGGGCCUGAAGCUUCUCCAUAUUGGGGGAUCCUCUUUAAGAAAGAUCACAUGAAGUUACACACAGAAGCUUAGAAAGUGCCUGUGCAAUUGGGGGUCUUAAUGGAAGUUUCAUUGGCUGGGUGGUAAAGCCACCUCCAUAGGAAGGAGAAUGGCGACUUAGUACUUUAUAGAAAAGGGAGCUACGCAAUGUAUUAGCUGCUUGCACUCUGCUUCAUUAAUGAAGACGUCACUGCUCCUAACCUCGCCAGUGAGGCUACAGCCCGCUCCCGUGUGGGGCUCAGAUGGGGAGCAGCCAAAGCAUUCCUAAAAAAGCAAAACUGUUUCAUCACAGCCGUGGGCAGAGAUCAGAUUGUAAUACUUUCGUUCCAUUGCAGGGCACACAUUGUAAGGGGAAAAAUAAAUAAAGUUUGGACCAGCGAUUUCUCAAACAAGGGUGGUAAUAAGGAAAGGCCAUUUGGAAAACAAAUCAGAUUUUCAAAAGCUGCUUUUCGUUUUGAAGGUGAAAGGUCAUGUUACGAGAAGCUCCGAGCUCCUUAAAAUGGCCGAAUAGAGCUAGCGAGUGACAAGUCAUUUUUUUAUGCUGAUAAAAAAAGAGAGAUGAGCCGGGUUUACCUCAACAGCGGCUGGCUAGAGGUGCCCUGGGGAGACGGUGAUUUAGGUUCCUGGGCAGAUCGCUCGCCACUACACGAAGCCGCAAGUCAAGGCCGCCUCCUCGCUCUGCGAACAUUGUUAUCACAGGGCUACAAUGUGAAUGCAGUGACCAUAGACCAUGUCACCCCAUUGCACGAGGCCUGCCUGGGUGAUCACGUGGCGUGUGCCCGGACUCUUCUGGAAGCUGGAGCUAAUGUCAACGCGAUCACCAUCGACGGCGUGACCCCGCUGUUCAACGCCUGCUCGCAGGGCAGCGCCAGCUGCACCGCGCUCCUGCUGGAGUACGGCGCCAAGCCCCAGCUGGAGUCCUGCCUCCCUUCGCCCACGCACGAGGCCGCCAGCAAAGGUCACCACGAGUGUCUGGAGAUACUGAUAUCGUGGGGCAUCGAUGUCGACCAGGACAUCCCUCACCUGGGGACGCCGCUGUACGCAGCCUGCAUGUCGCAGCAGUUCCACUGCAUCCGGAAGCUUCUGUAUGCCGGCGCUGACGUGCAGAAAGGCAAAUACUGGGAUACACCGUUACACGCUGCCGCUCAGCAGUCCAGCACGGACAUUGUCAACUUACUGCUAGAAUUCGGAGCCGACAUCAAUGCCAAGAACACAGAGCUUCUGCGGCCCGUCGACGUGGCCACUUCCAGCAGCCUGGUGGAGAGGCUGCUGCUUCAGCGGGAAGCGACGCCCAGCUCCCUGAGCCAGCUCUGCCGGCUCUGCAUCCGCAGCUACAUCGGGAGGCCGCGGCUGCACCUCAUCGCCCAGCUGCAGCUGCCCACGCUGCUGCAGAAUUUCCUCCAGUACCGAUGAAGCCGCCGAGGAGCUCCCGGCCCCUGUCCCGUCAGCGGGCUCUGUGUCAUCUGUGUCAUGCGUGUUUCCUAGUAAAAUAUGCUCAAGCUAGGCUAACGGUGGGUACGACACCCCCCAGGGAAGCAGCGAGAUAUGUCCAUUGUAACUGUAAGUGUGCUAGUGGGUACGGUUGUUAUAGGCUUUGUUGUUGUUUUGGGACAGAGUAUAUUUAAAAUACCUAUAAAUUAUUCCCAUAUACACCUUCGUGGAGUGAGGAAAAAGUGAGUUCUCCCUUUUAUGUUUUUUAGAGUAAAAAAAAGAAAAAUGUGAACUCUAACCAAAAUUAUUCACUUAUUGCAUUUAAAAAAGGUCUGUAUUCUUUGAAUAAUACAUUAACCUUUUAUUUUUGGCCACUGUUAUCGAUUCUCUGUAUUUUUGAUAUGAACACAAAAUAUGCGUCUGGUUUAGAAAAGAGCAGGGAACACACUCCUUGAGAUGAAGGCCGCUCACUCGGGACACCCACCAGGCUGCCCGUGCGCUGUCCUCACAAUGCUCGAUUUGUCGAGAAAAGGAGAAUCGUCCCCUCCUUGCAAAGGCCUCACCCGGCCCUUCUCCACCUUAAAUGGACCUGGUCCAGGAAAGGGUAGGACUGAAAGUUACCACCGCUGCCCUCUCUCACCCUGAGGUGUGGAGAACAUUACGCACCUGCUGCGGCUAUUUUAAGGCCUCCUCUUUCUCAAGGGUAGCCUCUUUAGGUCUCUCUUCAGUGCUUUUAGACAUAUCACUCCAGCCUUCUUCCAUUUCAGAAAUUGUCAACAGCUGGUGAUACCAGAACUGAAGCAAAUGGACUUCGUAUCUGCUCGAUAAAGAGGCCCCGGGCACACCCCCGGGAAGCAGGGCCGUGCAAGGCUAUAGAAAAUGGAAGAGUAAAAAUUCCUUCAGUUGUGGGGUGCCACUUAGCAAACUUUCAGAAGCCUUAAAAAUGUGCCCAAUGUGUAGACAUUACUGGUGGCAUGUUUAAUUUUUCCUACACAAAGCAAGGGUUCAGCACACACUGUCUGGGUAAGGGAGCGUGGGAUCCAAGAAGAUAGCACUAAAAUCGUGUCCCCUGCCUGGGUUAGACUUUGUCUAUUCUCUUCUGCUUUAACUGUAUUCCAGUGCAAUAUAAAACAUAAUAAAAACAUUUUAUGUUUCCUCUGUAAUUUUAGGCCAGAUUCCAGUCUAUUACGGAUUUAGAAAUAAGAUAAUCAAGACAUUCACAGGUCUGUGUAAAGUAGAAGAAAAUGUUUUGAUGAGGUUUUAAAGUUUAUCAGAUUUUCAUGAAAUAAUGUGACCACUGUUUUAAUAACCCAGAGGCCCAUUUCCCUUACUUUUUAGUUCUUGGCUGACUUCCAGAGACCCAUGUGAAAUAAACCAUUAUUGUAUGUAAUUCCCAGGUCAUUAAGAAUGCAUUUUUAAAAAAGCAUUUGUUUAGAUUUUUCAAAAAUAGAAAUAAGGCCAUAGCAGGUUUGUUAAAAUGUUUCUUAUGUUACUAGAGACUUUGAAAUGUGCCUGUUUUACUGAAACAUCUCUAAAAAGUCUGUAAUAUCCUCAUAAAUAUUUUUAUUAUAGAAUAACCUCAUUAAUGAUAAUUUGGUAUUAGAACUGCUUUUAACAAAAAGAGAUUCCUCCUGUAUUUUUCCCAAGUUAGGGGUAUUCUCAGAGUGUGGGAGAAACACGUGCACCUCCUCAUUGGCCUUGUGCCACUGAGAGAAAUACCAAAUAUGAACAUGAAAAUUGGCACUUUAAAAUUUUAGAAUGCUGGCGCCUUGUAUUGUAGCUCGAGUGUGAUUGUCUUACCAAAGAACUGUCCUAAUUUAAACAUAGUAUAUGUUUGUUAAUGUAUUCAAGUGUGAUUAUCAUCCCUGGAAUAAAACACUUUUUUUCCCUGUUGUAAUUAGCACUUGGUUUUGUCAUAGAAGGUUCUGGAGGAUGAGAGUCCAUUACGUUAACUUGUUUCACCACCAGUUUUCAAAUCAGCGUGUCAGCCGCAUGAGAGUCAGCUCGUUGAUGUAGACUAACCCCGCCGUGACCCCUGAGUGGGACUAACGUAGGGCGUCUGCCGUGCCAGCUCCCGGAGACACGUUUGGGUGCGUUUGGAGCAGACC